GUGUUGAAUCAAAACCCUAAAUCCCUUCUUCUCUCAUUCAACCAAACCCCCCAAAUCCCUUUUUCUCUCCUGAACCAAACCCUAACUCCAAAAACCCAUAUUUUUUCACUUUCUUUCACAGCCACAAUUCGCGAGAGGAGCUUGCAGUGAAAAUAGAGAGAAGUGGUCCGAGCUGAGAGGAGCUUUCCCAGUGAUAAUAUGAACAUACGGUGUCGUUGUUCUGGCCGUAGAUUCCUCUCUGGAAUCCAUUUGCUCUCAGAAGUGAAGAAGGAUGUAAUACGAGAACUUGGUUUUGGUGGGCUAUUGCAAUUAGGUUGUAAGGAGGUUAAUUUAGAUUUAUGUUUUUGGUUGAUAAAAAACACAAACAUUGCUUAUUCCCAACUCGAGUUAUUUGGGGGUAAGAAGGUUUCUUUGACAUGUCAUGAUGUUGGGAUGACGAUGGGCAUUCCACAUAGUGGAAGAAAGUUAAUUGUUGAGAAGGGAAGUGUUAAAGCUAGUCAAAUGCCGAGUUUGCAAGAUAUAGAGUCAAUGAUGGUUGGCAUCGAUGAUAUGGAGGAAUUUAAGCGGGUCUUCUUGAUUUUCGCUUGUGCAACCUUAUUGGCACCCACUUCUCGUUUGGAAGGUAGUCACUCGUUAUGGUAUACACCCCGAGAGCAGUUACUUGGGAACAUAAAUUGGGGAGAAUAUGUCUUAGAAUUUUUUAUUCAAGCUAUACAUGAACAUAGGAGGAAGGAAAGUGUUUGGAUUAAAGGGUGUUUGAUGUUUCUACAGAUAUUCUACUUUUCAAUAUCUAAUUUUCCAGCCAUGUAUGUGGAACUUACCACUCCUCGCAUUGCUGCAUGGAAUGAUUUUUUGGUCAAGCAACGCAUCAAGUUGGAGUUAGAAAUGCUUGGAGGAUUUGGCAAAGUUGAGUUGGUUAGCACAUCGGCGGAGCAAGAUGAAACAGAAAAAAAUAAGGCUCCUACAGUUGAUGACCCAGUUGACCCAGAUGAGAAUGAAGACUUUGAUGUUAUUUGUGCUCGCAUGGAGGCAACACAACGUCAAAUCACCGAUGCACAAAGUCAUCUUAAUAGUCUUAUUGCAUCAUACAACCGUGACGUGAAAGUGUUGAGGACUCGUUUCACCUCUUCACAUUAUCGCACAGAUGAAGGCCAACCGUCAAAUUUUCAUGAACAUGUUAAUGAAAGUGGUGCACCAUUUUAUACAAAUAAUCCACAACAUUCACCUGUUCAUUCUGGUGGUCAAAGAAGAUCUUUUGAAGAUGACGUUGGAUGUACAAAUGAAGGGGUGUCAGAAAGACCCAACGUAGAAGAUGGUGUGUUCUUUUCAAACGAGGAUCCCCUUCACCCUGGGCCACACAAUAUGUUGGUGUUAGUGCAAUCGUGCAUGAACAACAAUGUGGAUGUAGCACCACAAGCCUCAGAAGAAAUACGACCACAAAGAGUAAAAAUGAAAGUACGUCGUCAUAGGCAACGAGCAGCUGCGUGUAAGUCACCUUUUGUACAAUUAUGUGUAUCAAAAUAUAAAAGGUUGACGGAGGAAGAGACACAUGUUGCCGACUAUGUAUUUGACGAGUCAAAAGAUCCAAGUGAGAUGCUUUGUGCAUAUGGUGGCUAUGGCGUGACACGGGAACAAUUUCAAUGCUUAGUAGGGGAGAGCUUCAUUGAUAUUCCGGUGAUUUCCAUGUUUUGCCGAUACAUGAAUGCAAAAGAAGAGAAUCCUUAUCGCAGACACUUUUUUAAUCCAUACUUUGGGGAAAUAUGUGGUUCAAUGAGCAAGUCUACCUCAAAAUCAACACUCAAGAAAAGAUUAGGUAGCUAUUGUGUUAAUCUUGAAUGUUGCAACCAGUUUUAUAUCCCCUUAUUCCAAUUUAAUGAAUGGGUCAUCAUGGUAAUCAAUUUGGAGGCUAAAAGGGUGGAUCUACUUUCAUCAUAUAAUAGCAUUCAACGUGUUCACUUUGUUAAUGAAGCUUUCAAAGUAGUUGGAUUUAUGUCACAGUUAUUAAGAAAUUCCUUCAAACGGAAUGAUGUGAAUAUAAAUAAUUUACAUCCACAGUAUGCAGAUAUCGAUGGCGAUCCAAAAUUAUGUCAUACUGGGAUGUAUGCUAUUCUCUAUAUGCAACAUUGGGAUGGAAGUGGUCUUAAUAGAACCAUUAAUUCUGAACGCAUGAGCCUUGAAAGAUUGAAAUUUGCAACUCAUAUGGUUCUUGAUAGCGAAAACGAAAUUGGUGAAAUGGUUACAGCAAAUAUUUGGUCAACCAACGAUGCAGAAUAGUAUUGGGUAACCUUCACAAUUAAUUUCUUUUGUUUUAUUUCAUUCAAUUUUUUAACUAUACAUUCAAAUUUAUACUUCAACUUGGUCAUCGAUAGUGAAUAAUAGAUUUUGAGGCUAUGUCAUGUCUUUUUUAUGGUACAAUAGAAGGGAUAAGUUAUCAAGACUGCUUCCAAUGCAUGCAUGGUUCAUUUGACUACCAGGUUAGGUGCUAUCUCCUCCCUAUAUAUAUAAAACUAUAGUAAAUGACAUUUUUAUUUUAUAAGGUUAUAUUAUUGACAAUUUCUUAAUGCUUCCAUAAAUCGUUUGUGUUAUUCCAUAUAACCUGUUUAAAUCAUUUGAUAAUAUUGUAAUGACAUGGUCUGGUUGCUUAAACUUAUCCCCAAUUUUCUAUGUUUAUGUAUAAUCAUGAGCUAAUUAUUAGAUAAUUCAACAACCCUGUAAACCAAUUUGGUCAAAUGGCUGUAUUUUCUGUUUAGCUGAAAGAAUCCUUGUUACCAUCUUAUUGUGGGUUUAGCUGUCUCGCAUCUAUAAAUCAAUUGAUACUAAACUUAGUUUAGAGUGAUUUUUGAUGGUUAGACAUUUAAUAAGACAAAAGACGACUUGUUCCUGCUUUAAUAUUUCCUAGGGGAGUGUUGUGGAAGGAACCCUAAAAAAGAAUAAGUUCCUUCAUUACUCAUAAGCUUUAUAGGUUUUUAUUAUGUUUUAUUUACAUCUUGUGGUUAACUGUACUUCUCUUAUCUUUAGGAGGUCACUGAUAAGCUGAUUGAGGAGAAUGAAUUUGAUGCAGAUCAAAAGGAUGCAUUUAAGGUGAUCUGUAAUUGAUGAUAUGCAUGUAAUUGCUUGCUCUUGCAUGUAAUUAACCAUACCAUGAACUUAAAUUGUUUUGGUUGCUCAUAAUUUUGUCAAAGACAAUGUUCGAGAUGCAAAAAAAGCCAAUAGACAGGUAUUUUAUAACAGAUACCAAUCGUUACAAUAGUUUUGGUCUUGCACAUAAAUUUCAAAUAUGUUGAGUACUUGUCAAUUCCUUUUCUUGUAGGCUAGAGAAGCCUAGAAAAAGGCCUUGCAGAAAUGAGUUAAUAGACUAAAGCAGCAUUUGAAAACAUGAAGUUUAACAAGUUCUACUCAGUCCAGACCGAUGAUAAUCCUGGCAUAUCAAAUGUUAAGGCACUGUUUAUAAACACGUAUUAUGGGAAAGCUCAUGAAGUUCUGUGAUUGGGCUCAUCAACCACAAGUAUUUCUAUUGCAAAAGAUGCCAAUUGGUUUGCAUUGGGGACAAUAGUUAGCUAUUGAUUCAAGGAAAUGUUUCAUGAUGAAAGUUCAUAAUGGAACCCUAAAUGUGUGCUAAAUCUAGUGGUUCUUUCUUGGUUUCUCAAUUUGUCUUACCUUUCCAAUUUAUGUACUUUGUUAGAAGUUCUAAUUUUGUCCCAUCAACAUUAUUUCUUGUAUUCCCAAAAGGUUCAAUUCUGCCAAUGCCAUGAAAUACAAAUAGUUAUUGAUCA